GCGGCGCCGGGCUGAGCGCAGAGCUCCCCCUGGGCCCGCGAACCUGGCCAUUCAGCCAGCGCUGUCCCCGCUGCGCGCCCUAGCGCCUCUGCCGAGAAGCCAGGCGCUGUUCCUGCACCACAGAAGAUGGCAAAGGUGGCUAAGGACCUCAACCCAGGAGUUCAGAAGAUGUCCCUGGGCCAGCAGCAGUCAGCAAGAGGUGUGCCUUGUUUGAGAUGCAAGGGGACGUGUUCGGGCUUCGAGCCACAUCCAUGGAGGAAAAUAUGCAAGUCAUGCAAAUGCAGCCAUGAGGACCACUGCCUGAGCUCUGAGCUGGAAGACGAUCGGAAAAUUGGCCGCUUGCUGAUGGACUCCAAGUAUUCCACCCUCACAGCCCGAGUGAAAGGCGGGGACGGCAUCCGGAUUUACAAGAGGAAUCGGAUGAUCAUGACCAAUCCCAUUGCCACUGGGAAAGAUCCCACCUUUGACACCAUCACCUAUGAGUGGGCCCCCCCUGGAGUCACCCAGAAACUGGGCCUACAGUACAUGGAGCUCAUCCCCAAAGAGAAGCAGCCGGUGACAGGCACCGAGGGCGCUUAUUACCGCCGACGCCAGCUCAUGCAGCAGCUCCCCAUCUACGACCAGGACCCCUCUCGCUGCCGCGGACUUCUGGAGAAUGAGUUGAAAGUAAUGGAAGAGUUCGUCAAGCAAUACAAGAGCGAGGCCCUCGGCGUGGGAGAGGUGGCCCUCCCUGGGCAGGGUGGCUUGCCCAAGGAGGAAGGGAAGCAGCAGGAAAAGCCAGAGGGCACAGAGACCACCGCUCCGACCACCAACGGCAGCAUCGGUGACCCGUCCAAAGAAUACGUCUGUGAGCUCUGCAAGGGAGUGGCCCCUGCGGACAGCCCUGUGGUCUACUCAGACAGGGCAGGCUACAGCAAGCAGUGGCACCCCACCUGCUUUGUGUGUGCCAAGUGUUCGGAGCCACUGGUGGACCUCAUCUACUUCUGGAAGGACGGUGCCCCCUGGUGUGGCCGCCAUUACUGCGAGAGCAUACGGCCCCGGUGCUCUGGCUGCGAUGAGAUCAUAUUCUCGGAGGACUACCAGCGUGUGGAAGACCUGGCCUGGCACCGAAAGCACUUCGUGUGUGAAGGCUGUGAGCAGCAGCUGAGCGGCCGGGCGUACAUCAUCACCAAGGGCCAGCUGCUGUGCCCAACCUGUAGCAAGUCCAAACGCUCCUGAAGGGCUGCCCGGCCACAGCCGGAAUCCACAGGAUCCCACCAAGGAGGGGAGCCAGGGGUGCUGAGGUCAUUCUAAGGGUCCGACGUGAUGGCCAGCAGGCAACAAAACCAGUGGUUUUUUUCAGUGGGAAUAUAUAUAUGCACACGUACACACACGUAUUCUAGGCUGGUAGAUCCUUGAGAGUCAAUAGUUUUAAAGCCAGCAAUGUUCUGAGAGGUCUAAGAACAGGGUUACGUUGUUUCCCAGCCACCAACUACAGACACAACUGGCAUCCUGCAAGGGGUCUCUAGGAGUUUCCCAAAAUGCAGUUCUGAGUGAUCAGAUCACGUAGCUGUCGGAUGUGCGUGCUUUCUCACGAACGUGGGGGCUCCUCCAGGAGCUGGCUGGGAUCCCAACAGUCAUUUGUGGCCUCCUUUUUCAAAUGGAAUUUGAAUUUGAAAUAAAAAAAGAUGUUUUUGGCAUGAUGAACGUAUUCAAUAAAAGUCUGAUGAAGUCCA